GAAAAUAUAAGAGAGCGAAAGUAAUCCUUGCGGUACGCAUGAGACACGAGGACACGUCCAGAGUGAGACCCAAUCAUUCGAUAAGAAAGGAUGAAGUGUCAGUCAAGGCCCAAGGCUGGGAGGGCGCUCCUGAAGAAGUUCAGGACAUCGAUGAUACGUUGCACACCGAGAACGAACCCCAGACGAUGCCAGUGGAAAGGCGGCUCCUCAGGAAACUUCUCCAGCAGCCCUCCAGACGUCUGUAGGAUCUCCCACAUCAUCAACUCAUGCCUAAAUCUCUCGGAUGGCCUC